AUGGCAUCCAACCCUCCUGCGGCUUGCUGUACCGUCGGUGUAAAGCACGAAGGCGAGGCCAAAGGCCAGUUUCAGCAGAUCGGCGGUGUCGAUGCCUACAUCUCGCACCCGGCCGAUCGCUCUACCAAGCGGGCCAUUCUUCUCCUCACCGAUGUGAUCGGACACCGAUUUAUCAACGCUCAGCUGAUUGCGGAUCAGCUAGCAGCAAACGGCUACUUUGUUGUCAUGCCGGAUCUGUUCCACGGUGAUCCAGUGCCGCUCAAUCGCCCGGCUAGAUUCGAUCUGAUGGCCUGGUUAAAUGGUCCUCCCGGUCACCUACCGGACCGCGUGGAGCCGGUAGUCCAGGCUGUGUUCAAGGAAAUGAAGUCCAGCCUGGGCUGCGAACGUAUCGGAGCGAUUGGAUAUUGUUUCGGAGCCAAGUACGCUGUCCGCCUACUUCAGCCUAGUGGCUGUGAUGUCGCCUACUUGGCUCAUCCCAGCUUCGUUGAGGCUGAUGAGCUAGCGGCCAUCAAAGGCCCGCUGUCUAUUGCUGCUGCCGAGACCGACUCCAUCUUCCCGGCCUCGAAACGCCACGAAUCCGAGGAGAUCCUGGCCAAGACGGGCCAGCCGUAUCAGAUCAACCUGUUCAGUGGAGUGGAGCACGGAUUUGCCGUCCGGGCUGACAUCACCAAGCCAAUCGUUCGAUUCGCCAAAGAGUCGGCCUUCACCCAGGCCGUGGCUUGGUUCAACCAGUACCUUUAA